AUGCCCUCAGUUGCAGAGAAAGGGAACUCGUUGGAGAGCCUUUCCUCUCUCUUUCCGCUGACAUUCCCCAUCCCAAGUCCAGUUACUCACCCUGGCCUCGUAACUGUAAAGGAUCUCCACCGCGAAGAGGACCUCCUCCGUAAUCCCCAGUCUUUUCGCGCCUGGUGGUCAGCAAUCCAUACCGCACGGGAUGCAUAUACGUCUCUAAUCAAAACAGAACGGCCCUCAGAUCUCCCCGAAGAGCUUGCAGCACUUAUUAGGCCUCUGUCGACACCGCUUCGCCGUAUAUCGUUGCAACGCCUGACGUACCUCUAUGAGUCGGCGUUGGUCCAAUUUCCUGGCUCAUUCAAGAUGUGGAAGUCGUAUCUGACGAUGCGGAUGUCGUACGUGCUGGGUAAGCAAAUUGUGAAAAAGAGAGCUGGCGGCAAAAAGAAGUUUCCCGAGAUGAAGGACGCGCUGGAGGAGGAAAAAGAAGAUCUUGAGGAGUGGGAGGAAGGCUUGGACGGAACUGUGGGCUGGGAAGAGUGGAAGUCGCUUGUUGCAACCUUUGAACGCGCUCUUAUGUGGUUGCCAAAGCUUCCCCGGCUAUGGCUCUUGUAUUUAUCAAUAUUUUUCCACCCCUCAUGUCCCCCAAUAAUUUCUUAUACUCAUGCGCGCCAUACUUUCGACCGAGCGCUGCGAACACUUCCGCCUUCCCUUCAUUUCCGUAUCUGGAUUCGAUAUCUCCUCUGGUCGGAGACACGAGGGGGAUCAACAAUGGUUGUAGUACAUCGUCGCUACAUUGCCGUUGACCCGAGUGUAACAGAACGCUUUACUUCUCUUCUACUUUCGUCUUCGACAUCAGACCCACGUCCUCUCGAAGCUGCAAAGCUUCUUCUUUCGCUGGCACGGAAGGCUUCGCGAGGGGAAUACGUCAGCCCCGAAGGGAAGAGCCCAUACCAGCUUUUGGGAGAUUGGCUGGACGUCGUCGAGAAGUUUUCGGAUGAUGUAGGCUUGGACAUGGAUGAGACCGACGUCUCCAAUGCAAGCAACGAACAGGCUGAUGGCGCAAAGUUGUCGGAGUCCGGUGCGGCUGAUGGUCAAUCCAAACCCGUUCCAGAUCAUGACGAAGACGAGGAUCCUACGAGCCCGCGCAAACUCAAUAUCGAGAGGAUCAUACAGAAAGACGGUCUUAACGUGUACAAGGACCAAGCGGGUCGCUUGUGGACUGGCUUAGCAACAUACUGGAUUAAGCGUGGAGAAUUUGACCGAGCGAAGGAUACCUUUGAACAAGGCAUCUCAUCGGUGCUGACUAUUCGCGAUUUCACGCAGAUCUUCGAUGCCUAUGCGGAAUUCUGCGAGUCCUUAAUUUCUGCCAUGAUGCAGAAUCUGGCCGAUGAGGAAGACGAAGAAGAUGCCGCAGAGACGGAGAAAGAGCUCGAUAUUAGGAUGAAGGAUUUUGAGGAUUUAAUGGAUCGACGACCAUUCCUUGUGAAUGAGGUACUGAUACGACGAAAUCCCAAUGACGUUCAGGAGUGGGAGAAAAGAGUGGCUUUAUGGGGGGAGGAUGACGAAAAGGUUGCUGAAACAUACACCAAAGCAUUGGAGACUGUUGUGCCUCGAAAGGCGACAGCUAACUUGCAUCGGUUAUAUAUCAACUUUGCCAAGUAUUACGAGGAGGGCGGCGCAAGUGGAACGGCCGAACCGGACCUUGACAGUGCUCGAAAGAUUCUCGAGAAGGGGACUAAAGUGAACUUCAAGGCCGUGGAAGACCUGGCCGAAGUCUGGUGCGAAUGGUCAGAGCUGGAGAUUCGACACGAAAAUUAUGAUGAAGCUAUUCGGGUAAUGCAACGUGCAGCGGCUAUUCCUAAAAGCACAAGAAUAAAUUACCAUGAUCACACAUUAUCAGCACAGACGCGCUUGUUCAAGUCUCUUAAGCUUUGGUCAUUUUAUGUUGACCUUGAGGAGUCUAUAGGCUCGGUGGAAUCCGCAAAAGCGGUCUACGAUAAGAUCCUGGAGCUCAGAAUAGCAAAUGCCCAAAUCAUCGUCAAUUAUGCUGCGUUCUUGGAAGAGAACAAAUACUUUGAGGAGAGCUUUAAAGUCUACGAACGAGGCGUUGAGCUGUUUACUUUUCCCAUAUCUUUUGAGAUAUGGAAUAUAUACUUGUCGAAAUUCAUCAAACGAUAUGGUGGCACGAAAAUCGAACGUGCUCGGGAUCUUUUCGAGCAAGCUUUAGAGAAAUGUCCUCCAAAGUCAUGUAAACCACUCUUCCUGAUGUAUGCUCAGCUGGAAGAAGACCACGGCCUGGCUAAAAGAGCCAUGUCUAUCUUUGACCGUGCUACUAAAGUCGUUGCCGAUGAAGACAAGUUUGAGAUGUUCACUAUCUACAUCGCCAAAGCCACCGCCAAUUACGGGCUUCCGGCCACGCGUCCCAUAUAUGAACGGGCCUUGGAGGUUCUUCCGGAUCGACAAACAGCCGAGAUAUGCCUCCGUUUCGCCGCUCUGGAACGCAAGCUCGGCGAAAUUGAUCGGGCGCGCGCCAUCUAUGCGCAUGCCUCUCAAUUCUGCGACCCCCGCGUCGACCCUCAGUUCUGGACCGAAUGGAAUAGCUUUGAAAUCGAGACAGGAUCUGAAGACACUUUCAGGGAGAUGUUGCGCAUUAAGCGUAGUGUGCAGGCACAAUUCAACACUGAGGCGAGUUACUUGGCGGCACAGACUAUGGCGGCGAGGCAAGGGACAAGGAAGGACGAUGAUUUGGAGGACGCAGUGGAGGAUGCUAUGGCUAUGGCUGAUAAGCAGGCUGGUUCUGCAAAGGGACCGGCCUUUCCCUGCCUCGUGUGGAUGAAGAGACACAGGAAGGUGUUCCAGCACCAGUAG